ACCCGAAUACACGCAAAUAAUCGUAUUGAAAGCCGCGAGGAAAAGAUUCCCUUGCUGCUUGCACGUAGCUAGCUAGCUAUUUGUUUUGAUUUCUCUGUCUUGUGUAUUUUCAAAUAAUGACUCAAUCAUUACUGUCCCGUUUGUACAAAUAACUAGCAACUUAACCGAAGGAAAGCAGCUGCAUCCGCACCGUGAAUCAUUGAUUUGUGAGCAACUAAUGUAUCUAAAGGAUGUUAGUUACAGUAGCUAGCUAAUCAUUCCAGCUAGCUAGCUAGUCAGUUGUGUUUUGUCACAGCAAAUGUGCUUGCAAAGGCGUUCGUUAGCAAAGUAUAAUAUUUGCAAUUUACCAGGCUAUCAAAUCGUGUGAAAACUCUCGAGAAGGUUGCUCGUGCGUCGAGGAACUAUCGCUUCAGCUAAUGCGUUUGAUAACACGACUCUUCCGCAUAUAGCUAGAUCAAGGCCAACGACCGUGCUGGGAUGUAAACUUGCAGAACACCUUUGCUUGUUUUGUCUGACAUACAGUCGUUUAAAUGGGGAAAAGGAAAGACAUGAUCCACCCAAGGUUUCUUUUAGGUGAUGGAGACCACCUGGGGUUACACAGCCUCCAUAGGAGGAAACACAAGAAGCACAAAAAGCACAAGAAGAAGCAUCACCGUGACGACGGGCACAACUCCUACUCCGAGGCCCUGGAGUCAUCCUCUGGCAUCCUGGUCAAGCCCCCCACGCAACUCCGACUCAAGCCCCCCACGCAACUCCGACUAAAGCCCCCCACGCAGCUCCGACUCAAGAUCAAACUGGGAGGCCAAACACUGGGAACCAAAAGUGUGCCAACAUUCAGUGUGAUCCCUGGUGUAGCCCGCUCCCCGUCUCCUCUGAUGAUCGUGGACGAUGAUGACGACUCGGAUGAUGAUGACGAUGAGGAGCCUUCUGAGGGCGUCCCACUCGAGCAGUACCGGGCCUGGCUUGGUGAGUGCCAAGAUGAGGACAGUAACCUGGACCCGUCUCCUCUGCCAGACAUGGACUCUGACUCCCUAGGGGGACUGGGGGGGCCGGUGGACGAGGAGGAGAAGUGGCUGGACGCCCUGGAGAAAGGCGAGCUGGACGACAACGGAGAGCUGAAGAAGGAGAUCGAUGAGUCCCUGCUCACAGCCAGACAGAAAGCCCUCCUGCACAAGCAGCAGAACCAGCCUCUCCUGGAGCUGCCCAUGGGCUACAAGGAGAAGGAGAUGACCGCCGAGAUGAUGCAGAAGAGGGAGGAGCGCGCCCGCAAGAGGCGCCUGCAGGCUGCCAAGAAGGCAGAGGAGAACAAGAACCAGACCAUCGAGAGGCUCACCAAGACCUCCAAGGCCAAGAUCAAGAGCAUGAGGGAACGCAAGUCCAAGCAGGCCCAGUGUCCCAUGGUCCGCUACUGCGACUCGGCCCAGGGAAUGGGGAUUUCCUUUCCCAAGGGGCUGCUAGCCCCCACCCCUGCUCCCCUGUGCCCCCCUCCACCGGCACCGGUAGGGUGCGGGGUAAACGGGUGCAGUAAUCUGAAGAGGUACUCGUGCUCCAAGACGGGGAUCCCUCUCUGUAGUCUGGAGUGCUACAGGAAGAAUCUGGUCCUUGUUGUGGAGAGCGCCACUUGAACUUCACCGCUUUGGAAGGUUUAGGCUUGCUGGCCGUACAGACUCUAGGGCUAAAGGACAAGGUGGAUCUUUUUUAUUUAGCAGAAUUAUAAAAAGGUGUUGUUUUUUUGUGACAUGUCCAGAAAUGGGUCAUUCCUCUGCAUUUCUGGUGGCGAACUAAUGACAUAAUUAUGUGUUCUUACAAAAGAGAUGAGCGUUGUUCAAAUCAAUGCAUCAGUCAGACAGACAAUUUAGCCCUGAUAACACACAUCAUAAUGAUGAAGGCUACAGCCACAUCCGGCAGUGUGCAUUUCAUUUCUAGAUCCUCUGUUUGUGGAAAUCCACUUGAUGUAGCUUGUAUAAGAAUUUAACAAGGCACCCUUGUUUUGUGAAAUGAAUCUGCUGAAGUAAAUCAGCUUUUUCCUAAAAUUAGAGUGCUCUUUUGCCUGUUGAUCAUGAAGGACUUUCAUUUGUGUAAAUAUAUCGUUAAUGGUUUUGUAUUCAUUUUGGAAGCCUUAAAGCACUGUGUAACACAGCGGCAUGUUCAUUUAACAUGUUACACUCUUGUUUGUUUGAUCAAUUGAGAAAAUUACCCCAGGAAACCAAAACAAGUUUAUUUUAUUUUAAUUAACAGCCACAAAGGUGCAUUUGUAUCACAAAUUAUUUGACUUCUAUACAAAAUACUGUACAUCUUAAAUAAAAGAUCAAACAUUU